CAAAUUCAUUCGCGGUGUGUGCGUAGUUUUUUUGGGGAAGUGCCGUGUCGUCGUCGUUCCUUCCUGCCCGUGAGCGAAGAUCCAUUCCUAGGUGGUCACUAAAGAACCUGCUUCCUGCCCUCUAAAACCUGCUUCUCUAUCGGCCAGACAAGAUGCAGUGCAACAUUCGGCAUUUGGUGAACCUCGCUGCCAAGGGCAAUGCCGGAGUCCGCAGUCCGGGUGCGAUCCUGGGCGCCCUGUACGGCCGGUUCUACUCGACGACACACGAUGCCGACCUGGUCGUGAUCGGUUCCGGCCCCGGUGGAUACGUUGCCUCGAUCAAGGCCGCCCAGCUGGGCAUGAAGACGGUAUGCAUCGAGAAGAACGACACCCUCGGCGGCACCUGCCUGAACGUGGGCUGCAUCCCGUCGAAGGCCCUGCUCAACAACUCCCACUACUACCACAUGGCUCACUCGGGUGACCUGGCGUCCCGCGGCAUCAUGGUGGAGAAUGUCCGGCUGGAUCUGGAAGUGCUGAUGGGUCAGAAAUCGAAGGCCGUCAAGGCGCUGACCGGUGGCAUCGCCCAGCUGUUCAAGAAGAACCAGAUCACGCACAUCAACGGAUGGGGCACGAUUACGGGGCCGAACACGGUCGUGGCCAAGAAGAGCGAUGGCAGCGAGGAGGUUGUUAAUGCGAAGAACAUCAUGAUUGCGACCGGUUCGGAGGUGACUCCGUUCCCGGGUAUCGAGGUCGAUGAGGAGACGAUUGUGUCGUCGACGGGUGCGCUGAAGCUGAAGGCGGUCCCGAAGCGGAUGGGACUGAUUGGAGCUGGUGUGAUUGGGCUGGAGUUGGGAUCGGUUUGGGGUCGGUUGGGAUCGGAGGUGACUGCUAUCGAGUUUUUGAGCGCGAUUGGUGGUGCCGGUAUCGAUCAGGAGGUUUCGAAGACCUUCCAGAAGGUGCUGACCAAGCAGGGAUUCAAGUUUUUGCUGGGAACGAAGGUGAUUAGCGCUUCGAAGACGGGCAGCGGAGUUACGGUCAGUGUGGAGAAUGUUAAGGAUGGUAAAAAGCAAGAUCUGGAGUUUGACGUGCUGCUGGUGUCGGUCGGUCGUCGUCCGUUUACGGAGGGUCUCGGGUUGGAAAAUGUUGGCAUCGUGAAGGAUGACCGAGGUCGGAUUCCGGUUAACAACAUGUUCCAGACGAUCGUGCCGAGCAUUCACGCGAUCGGCGAUUGCAUCCACGGGCCGAUGUUGGCCCACAAGGCCGAGGACGAGGGCAUCGUGUGCGUCGAGGGAAUGCAGGGUGGCCACGUGCACAUCGACUACAACUGCGUGCCGAGCGUGGUGUACACCCACCCGGAGGUGGCCUGGGUUGGCAAGAACGAGGAGGAGCUGAAGGCCGAGGGCAUUCCGUACAACGUGGGCAAGUUCCCGUUCGCGGCCAACUCGCGCGCCAAGACCAACAACGAGACGGACGGUUUCGUCAAGGUGCUGGCCGACAAGCAGACGGACCGCGUGCUCGGCGUGCACAUCAUUGGACCCGCCGCCGGUGAGCUCAUCAACGAGUCGGUCCUCGCCAUGGAGUACGGUGCGUCGGCCGAGGAUGUGGCCCGCGUGUGCCACGCUCACCCGACCUGCGCGGAAGCCCUCCGGGAAGCCCACACGGCCGCCUCCUUCGGCAAGCCCAUCAACUUCUAAGCGUAAGUGUGUUGUCCCCAAUAUAUCUCUAAUAACAUCUCACACACGCCUUCGUGGCGUGGUCGCCAUCAUCCAGAACCAUACGAAAAAACGCAAAGCCCGGUUGUAAAAAAUUACGUCACGCCGUGGAAUCGCUUCAAAAGCACCACCCGAAUUCAUAGAAGAAGAAACAAAAUACACGAUUGGUAACACGAACUGCGAGGAGAGAAGAUUGACGACUCCGUUCUGACUCCCCCCCGAAUGUGAAAGUGACUCUCCCCCCUACCGCGCAGGCAGAUGAGUUUGAAGAAAUGAAGCAAUUCUGCUAUUUUGUAUCAAAAAGCGUAUGAAAUCUAUUAAAUUAUUGUUUUAGAUACAAUCUA